CACAGGGGGAGAUAAAUAUUAUAAAAAUAUUUAAACUCAUUGGCGGGCGGACGAGUGCUCUCUGCUCACAAAGAGUACAAAUUGCUUGCCGAUAUAGCUGCUAGUUACAUAGAUAAUUCUGCAAAUAGGAACGGUUGGACUAUGACAUCCUGUGAUAAUGGACUCGAUUUAGUGUUCUUUAGGCUAGUGUACUUCUCGGGCACCACAGCCCCUGCGACACAGACUGUAAAUAUCAUACAUAGUGGCGGGUUUGUCGACCGAAAUACUGGUAAGUUUCAUUUGACAUACCGCACCCCUUUGCCUGCUCGCCAGAAAGGAAGAUCGAAGGGUGUGCAAUCACAAAACAUAGUAGAUCAUACACGCUACAACAUUAUAGUCGCUACAUGGUCCGGCGCAAGUAAAAACACAAAUAAGACAGCACAAUCCAGUGCACUAGAGUUUUUAAACUGGCAAUGGAAGAUCAUAAACUCAGGUAACUCAGUAAUCGACGGUGUGCAGCCCAUAGCAUCUGAGAAAAUUGCUGAAUGGACGGAGAAGAAUGAUAGAAUGGCACCGACUACAAAAGCGGUAUCGAGCAGAUGUGCGACU